AUGCAAAAUUGUCUUUUUGUUGCCCUUUUAUUACUAGCACUAGCAACUUCUUUCACCGAGGCACAUGGUAGUCAACAUUGGUGGGAUAUUGGGUUACUAAAAACGAGGGUGGAAGUGAGGAAUGGGCUAGAAGGAGGGCAGGAACUAAGAGUUCAUUGCAAGUCUGGAGAUGACGAUCUCCAUCUCCGGGUGCUAAAACCACACAAUUUCUUUAGUUGGAGCUUUCAUCCAAACUUAUGGGGAUCCACACAAUUCUAUUGCGCCAUGGACUGGGGAGAGAGAAGAGUUCAUUGGUUUGACAUCUACAUCUGGAAGAGGGAUUACCCGCGUUGUGGCAAUUGCCUAUGGAUCGUGAAGCAGAGUGGGCCGUGUUUUUAUGACAUGGGAAAUCGUGAUUACGAUUUUUGUUAUCCAUGGAACCCAGGAAGUCUAAUGAAAUUAGACUAA